AUGCUGAGUCGCGUUUACAGCUCAAAUCUUGCACGUCCGGAAAGGAGGUUCUCGCGACAUUUGAUAGGAGAUUUUACUUUUGCGCUACAAGUCAGCCAAACUCGGCAGAAAAUAGUGCUCGAACGGAACAUUGCACAAAUCUUGGACCAUCAUCAGAAGCGGUGUACACAAACAACUAAUUCCGACACCUCAGCCAAGGUUACAACUACAGUCGCACAGAGGCCUAAUACAGCUACAUCAGAGGCACUGGCCGGUCUUUCUGUGAACGACGCGUCUGAACCGACCGUCGGAGUGUCAAGCAGCAAUCCCCACCCAGAAGAGCCAUCGGCAUCACAUUGGACUUUGUCAAACAUGUCGAGGUCUGCGCAAUCCUCCGUUCCGAACGGGGGGCAAGAAGCAACCGAACGAAAGACACGUCGGAGUCUUCGGGGAUUUUCUGACAAAGUGUACGAAGAACCCGACGCUGAGUUGACCCUGGACUUGAGCAAUAUCAGAAAGAAACUUAAUUUCAAAACCAAUGCGCAAGACAGCGGGGAACGCUCCGCUAAACGGCAAAAGCGCGACACGAUCAAAUGCCAGUGCUAUCUGACUGUAUGGGACAAUCGUGAUGGCUACAACGUGGCACCACUUGUCUCACGAUCCGAAUAUUGCUUUGUGACCCCCAGAGAAACCGAGUCCAAUGGUUACUUUGUGGAUGUGGAAUUGGAAAAGCAAUUCAGCAUCAGGGCCAGUGAGCUCAAGGUGUCUAUUCUGGUGAACAACGAGGAGACUUUUGCCUUGAUAGAUAAAUAUUUUCUGGAGCUCAAGAUCAUUCCGUGCAGGUCUGAUAGUCGUUGGCCCCCUGUCCCCCUGCUAGGUAAGAGUGACGGCGAUCACUUUGCGGCCGAUAUCAAAAGAAACGGCGCAGAGGUGCUGCAGGGCGCGGUGGUUGCGAGAUAUACGCAUUUGCCACAAGCUCCAGACGCCGACACCCCUCUAAGUGUGUUUUUCUUGCAUGAAGGACGCACUUAUAGAACAAAAUAUGGACUUCAGGUGGAUGCAAUCUGGCAAAAGUCCAGUUCUGGGUCAAAGACUUUGAGGCGUCGACCCGAGGGCCUUGAUCUGGACCAGUUUCGAACGCCUGAUCAAAAAGCCUCCAAACCCAAUCAAGAGGCAAAGGUUCUUGAGCCAGAACGAAGCGCGCCUACUACGGGCAAGCAGUCUAUGAAUGGUACCAAUGGCUCAUUACUGAGUGAGCUUCACAACGGAGCAAAGAAAGACAAAAAUGGUGCCACAAUCACUCCGGAGGUAUGCUAUGAUUUCUGCUCGAAUGUGGACCAAAAAUUCCGCUACGCCACAGUCAAGGGGUACCGAUGUCCACUAUGCGCAGUGUGGAAGACGCCGAGGCUCGACCGCCUGGUCUUUCACCUGUCGACAAUGCACGCCAAGUACAUUUUCCAAGUACAGAAGCCACAACGGGAUCCCAUUAGCAAAGAGCUAACUCACAUUCAUAUCAAGGUGGACCCGGCGCCAUUCGUGAAGAAGAGAGAAGAGCACCUUAUAGAUUGGGAGGCCCCGUCACAACCUUUCAACCUAUCAGCUUACGCAAAGGGUGACCGUGACUGGGUUUCUUCGACCGAAGACAAGAAGAAUAGUCCUGAAGCGUCCAAAGCAAGCCUUCAAUCGACGCAACAUUCUUUGGCAUUUCCGCCAUCCCCAGCGGCCGUGCCUGACUUCCGCAAACCAAAGCGAAAGAGGUUCAAGGCCAUCAGACUGCAGUCGAAGAACGGGGAGCCGGAAUUAGUUCACACGUCUCUCAGCCACCGACCGAUCUCGCCGAGUGAAGAUGCACGGUCCGAGACUGAUGACGAGAUCGACAAUGAGUGGCAGGUCGAGCUGCAUAUGGAAAGAUUGGAUUUCGAAGGUCGGCGCAGCGGCUGGACUGAUUGUGAGCGAAGUUUUUAUAAGCGAUGGGAUCGACAUCGGAUGGAAGAGCAGCUGGAACAUUCCAGGUACCUGUCAAACUCGCUGGUGCGGUUCGUGCGUAAGUAUCGGGCUUGGCUCAAAAAUGGCGACGACGAGCUCCUGCAAGUGUUUUUUGAGUUCUUGGGACGACUCAAAGAGCGCACCAUCAUUGAGGACGACGUGGUCUGUGAGGUGAAUGCACUGAUAUUUCGAGCGUCACCGGCACCAGCACCACCUCCAUCCGGGGAGUCGUCCAAGAAGGCUGGUCACAAUCGGACUUCGAGAUCACGGACGCCUACCCGGAGGAGUGGCCGGCAUCUCAAGGCAGAUAAUGCUCCACCGAGGAACGAAGGUGGGCAUGCCGACAACCGUGUUGUUGUGACGGAGGUGGGACAUCAGGAAGAGUUGCAAUCGACUACGAAGAGAGAAUUGAUGUGUGGCCAUUGCUUGACUCCUGUCCCGCGAGCCAGGAAGAGCGCCGUGUACUGCGUCGAUCCAGAAUGCGAGACGCCCGGGACAACGUACCACAUCAACUGUGCCGAGGAAUCGGCAGGGUUGAAGGCGAACCAAGGGAGAAUGAGAAAGGGGAAGAGGAAAGCAAACCAUAAUCAUGAUGAUGAUCCCGCCACAGAACCGGGAGCGGCGUUCGUGACUGGACUCGCAGCACAAGACCGAACCCGCUUGAAUCUCUCAACGUGGUGCUGUCAAAGCUGUACCAAGAGACAGAAAGCGAGCCGGGGAGAGAAGGAGCACGGUGCGUCGGUGCUUGCAGAAGAAGCUGAGGCUGGGGCUGGGCCUGCACACGUUGGAACAUAA